CUCGGUCGGCUUCCUAGACGGAUGAGCCACCACGUACUCCUUCCGGUUUCUGGACUAAAGGCAUUAAGUAUCAUUAGGAUUUCCAGACAUGCCAAGGUCUUCCCAGCUCCUGAUUUUCCUUCCUUUGCCCGUAUCAUAACGCCAGACUCAGAACGUAAUGGGUUCAAUAGACAAUUCCCGGAAAAACAUUCUCUUCCUGAUAGCCGACGAUCUAGGUAAAUGCCUAGGUUGCUACGGUGCAAAAGGGCUCCGAACGCCCAAUAUCGACAAGCUCGCGGCCAAUGGAACCUCGUUUGACCUCGCUUUUACGAGUACAGCCUCGUGCAGCGCCAGCCGCACUGUCAUGUAUACUGGCCUGCACCCACACGAGAACGGACAGUAUGGCCUUGCCGGAGGAACAAGUCAUUUCCAGUCCUUCGACCACGUACAAUCCGCGCCCACGCUGUUCAACGCCCUGGGCUAUCAAACGGGCAUUGUAGGCAAGGUGCAUGUAGGUCCGGCGCCCGUCUUCCCAUGGGAGUCGAGAGAGGAAAGCGAGACGAGGAAUGUCGCGUGGGUCGCAGAGCGGGCGGAGGCGUUCUUUGAGCGAGCCAAGGAGACAAAACGGCCGUUCUUCCUCACGGUGGGAUACGUCGACCCUCACAGAGACAUCACGACCCGCAGUGAAUUUGGCAACGGCGAGACGUGCGAGGGCAAGUUCGUCGCACCAGACUUCCAACCCGACCAAGUCGAGAUUCCGGCAUGGCUGACCGACCUGCCCGAAACACGAAUCGAAUACGUGGAAUACUACAAAGCCAUCGCGCGUAUGGACUAUGGUGUCGGACUGGUGCUCGAUGCUCUCGAACGCAAAGGCCUCGCAAGCUCUACCCUAGUUGUCCUUUGCAGUGACAACGGCCCGCCGUUCAUCAACUCGAAGACUACUCUCUACGACGCUGGGACACAGCUCCCUUUCAUCGUGCGCGCCCCAGGAUGCUCGCAGCCGGGAACGCGGAAUCCCAAUAUGAUAUCCUACAUCGACAUUCUGCCCACGUUUCUCGCCUGGGCCGGCGCACCUCUCGAAUUUCGCGCCCCUAUCGAGCUGCCAAAGGGUCAGGUAUACACACUGGAAACGCGUCCGCCGCCUCCACCUCGACGUCUUGGUCGGUCCUUUCUGCACAUCAUUGGCUGUUCUGAUGUGUUGCCCGAAGACCAGUGGCAGCACAAGGUGUACGGGUCUCAUACGUUCCAUGAAAUCGCCAACUACUGGCCCACGCGGGUCGUGCGCAAUCGACGGUUCAAGUACCACCGGAACAUCGCGUGGCAGCUUGAUUUUCCGUUCGCCUCGGACUUGUACGCGAGUCUGACGUUAGAAGGAGUCCGCAAGAACCACCAAGGCAAGCCGGGCCAAGAGGGCGCGGACGUCCUGAUCGGUGCCCGUUCUCUCAAGCAGUACGUCCGCCGCCCAGCGGAAGAACUGUACGAUCUCGAAUCAGACCCGGUGGAGGUGAGGAACCUGGCAGAUCAGCCCGAGUAUGCUUCAGUGUUGGCACAGAUGAGACAUGAGUGCGAGACGUGGCAAGAGGAGACCAAGGAUCCGUGGCUCCUGCGGGAUGGACAGAGCGUGAUGGCGCUGCGCCGGUACGCGGGCGAGAAGUUGAAAAUGCCCACGUCGUUUGACUUUGUGCUCGAUUCUGUGGCACUGGGGGGAAUGGAAAGGUAUAGAGUAGACGACCCACGAUUGGUCUCGAGGACAUAGAAAUUUCUUUGCGGAGACUGCAUUCACUGCGGAUUGCUGGCGAUUAUAGAUUCUAUUAGGGGAACAAAUUACAGCUCUG